UGAUUCAGACAGCUUACUCCUUUCAGAGCUGGGGUGGGUGGUGGGUGGGAGGAAGGGUUACAUUUAUUGUUAUUCAUUUUAUAUCUAUACUUACUAUAAUAUUUUAUCGAUGUGUAUUUUAGGAUUGAUUGAUUUUACUGUGGUAUUGUAUUAUGUAUGGAUGGUGUGAAUUACGUUUUCCUUUGAUAUUGACGUAUCUGUAUUUGGGUUGCUGUGAGUUUUCCGGGCUGUAUGACCAUGCUUCAGAAGCAUUCUCUCCUGAUGUUUCACAUCUAUGGCAGGCAUCCUCAGAGGUUGAGAGCUGCGCAAACCAUGCAGGAUGAUUUACUGAUGGACAAAAGCAAAGCCCAGCCUCAGCAGCAGCGGCAACAGCAAGAUCCAAACGCAGCAGAAGCCUCUUCAACCCCCAUCACGUCAGAAACGCCCAAACCGGAGGACAGCAGCCCAGUGACUAGCAUUGGCUCAGCAGCUCCUGCCCAAAAUAGCAAAGAAAAGAUGCAGAUGGAGCCCCCCAUCUUGCCAGGCUUGAGUUUCCACCAGCCUCAGCAGGAACCCACAGCAGGCACUUCCUUGUCUCCCUCCUUCGGAAGCACCUGGUCCACUGGGACCACAAACACAGUGGAUGAUAGCUUUUUCCAAGGGAUUACGCCGGUCAAUGGGACCAUGCUUUUCCAGAAUUUCCCUCACCAUGUCAACCCUGUCUUUGGAGGCACUUUCUCCCCCCAGAUUGGCCUAGCAGCCCAGACUCAGCACCAUCAGCAGCAGCAGCAACAGCAGCAGCAAGCCCAGCAACAGCAAAGGAGAUCCCCAGUCAGCCCUAACCAGGCAUCGUUUGCCCAGAGGAAUGCUGCUUAUAGCCAUCAGCCCAUCAUGACCAGCAAACCUUCCUCCUCUUCAGCCUCCACUUCUUCCCCUUCCAGCUGGAAUAACCAUCAAAAUGCAGCCUGGAGCACACCUUCCAACCCUUGGGCUGGGCUGCAAGCUGGACGGGACCCACGAAGGGCGGUUGGGGUUGGGGUUGGGGUGGGAGUGGGGGUCGGAGUGCCCUCCCCACUCAACCCCAUUUCACCCCUCAAAAAGCCCUUCUCUAGCAAUGUUAUUGCCCCUCCGAAGUUCCCACGGGCUGCUCCCCUAACCCCCAAAUCUUGGAUGGAAGACAACGCCUUCAGGACAGAUAAUGGCAACAAUCUGUUGCCUUUUCAGGACCGGAAUCGGCCCUAUGAUACUUUUAACUUGCAUUCUUUGGAAAACUCAUUAAUGGAUAUGAUAAGGACUGAUCAUGAGCCUCUUAAAGGUAAACACUACCCUCCCAGUGGCCCACCAAUGAGUUUCGCUGAUAUAAUGUGGAGGAAUCAUUUUACAGGUCGUAUGGGUAUAAAUUUUCACCAUCCGGGAACAGACAACAUUAUGGCUCUCAAUACCAGGAGUUAUGGACGGAGACGAGGUCGGUCUUCCCUGUUUCCUUUUGAAGAUGGUUUCUUAGAUGACAGUCAUGGUGACCAGUCUUUAUCAUCAGGUCUCAGUUCUCCAACCCGCUGUCAGAAUGGUGAAAGGGUGGAACGCUAUUCUAGGAAGGUGUUUGUUGGAGGUCUGCCUCCCGACAUUGAUGAAGAUGAAAUUACUGCCAGCUUUCGUAGGUUUGGACCUCUUGUGGUGGACUGGCCUCACAAAGCUGAAAGCAAGUCCUAUUUUCCACCUAAAGGUUAUGCCUUUCUGCUAUUCCAGGAAGAAAGUUCGGUGCAAGCUCUCAUAGAUGCCUGUCUGGAAGAAGAUGGGAAACUUUACCUAUGUGUAUCAAGUCCUACUAUCAAGGACAAACCAGUGCAAAUAAGACCUUGGAACUUAAGUGAUAGUGACUUUGUAAUGGAUGGUUCUCAACCUUUAGAUCCCAGAAAAACUAUUUUUGUUGGAGGAGUUCCGCGACCCCUUCGAGCUGUUGAAUUAGCAAUGAUUAUGGAUCGUUUGUAUGGAGGAGUCUGCUAUGCUGGCAUUGAUACAGACCCAGAGCUGAAGUACCCAAAAGGUGCUGGCAGAGUGGCUUUCUCCAAUCAACAGAGCUAUAUUGCUGCUAUUAGCGCACGCUUUGUCCAGCUCCAGCACAAUGACAUUGAUAAACGGGUGGAAGUGAAGCCAUAUGUGCUUGAUGAUCAGAUGUGUGAUGAAUGCCAGGGCACUCGCUGCGGUGGGAAAUUUGCUCCGUUCUUCUGUGCCAACGUGACCUGCUUGCAGUAUUACUGUGAAUACUGUUGGGCAAGCAUCCACUCUCGCGCUGGGCGGGAGUUCCACAAACCACUCGUCAAAGAAGGAGGAGACCGGCCACGCCACGUUCCUUUCCGCUGGAGCUGAAGCCCGGGCAUCAACCCAGCAGCAAGUACUGGAGCCAACGACAUUGAAGGGAGAAGAGAGUGCUGCCUCAGGGCUUUACUGUUCUGGAAAUCUGUGCAUUCAUCCUUGACUUUAAUGAAGAGAUGGGUCUUUUUAUUAUGAUUACUAUUAUCAUUAUUACGAUUUAUUAUUUACAGUCACAUUACUGAACUCGGUGUCCAGUAUAAUACAAACUUAGUGGAGUAUAACUGUACUGAUUUUGCACUUUGAUUCACAUCCACAUCUGCUUGGUACCUUAAACUUUUCACACGAGACUUGUCACAUUCGACAAUAAAUAGACUGCCAUUCUCAUUGACCUCCACUAGGUUGAUGUCUAGAUGAUGAAGAUUAUUUUUUUAAUUAAUUUUAUGUUGAAACUGGAGCAUGCACUUAUUUUCAGAAACUUAGAUUUGCCCCUCGCAGAUGACUUACCAAAGGUAACACUCACAAGCAGGUGGCAGAUGUAGCAAAAAAACAAAAAUAAAAAACCAAACAUGGAUAUUCAGCAAUCAUUAGUUUGGGUCACAUAGAAUAGGAACAACCCUAAAAAAAGUUUUGCGUUGCUCUCCAUUUUUAUUGGUAAGGACAAUACCUCAUAAGCUGGAUCACAUUUUCUCCACCCCUUUCCUCCCACCCCAUGUUUCCUUCCACUCCUUUUUCCUUUGCUGAGGGUUCCCUCUUUGGUUAGACCUGUUAGUGUUAUGUAAAUGUAUGCUGCAAUAGCUUUUGCUGCUAUUAAAAUGGUAUUACUGAUACCACCGUACUCUAUUUAAGCUAGGGUAUCAAUUUAAAUGACAAUUAUGUGAUUUAAAAAAUAGUAACGGCUGCUGAAAGGAGAUCAGUAUAUCAUUCAGAAAGCUUCCACGGAAGGUCAACAAUUUUGACUGCAUGUUUACUUAAUCAGGUUGCUGCAUGCAAUAAAUUUUUAUAUGUCUAAUAUGAAAAUCAGCCCACCGUGCACCAAUUAAGAAUCUAUAUAGGCUACAAAGUACUCAGUAAAACAAUUUAAACAACACACAGACACACACACAGAGAUUACUGACUGGAGGAAGGCAUGCCUCAGUAAAUGUAAAUGCUUCUGAAAUUAGGAUCAGCCCAUUGCAGUAUGACCUAUAUUACAACAAAUAUUUUUUUAAGAAGACUAGAUGUAGAAUAUCCUUCAAACAAAUUUGUGAAUGAUAGACGAAGUACUUUGCGGUGCUCUGUUAUAUAUUGUGCAAUUUAUUUUAUAUAGUAAAAGUGAUUAUGUCCAGUACUGUGAUCAAACUUUAACUGUUUAAGCCUCUCUGUGUCUAACAUUCACAUACUUCUGAAAGUGCAACAAGUGUUAAGGACAUAUGGAUACUCACAGCAUAAAAAAAUUGAGCUCUUCGUUCCAAUCUUAUAAACGCUUACACCGUUUGAUGUAGUGGCGGCCCUUGUCCAGAAAACCAAAGAGCUCAUGACAGCAUAUGUACACUACCAAUGUCGCUUGUAGGCUGAAAAAGAAAACUAGGCACAUUUAAUGAAAGGUGAGAAAAAGUGGUGCUAAAGAAAUGUCUGCAUACAAAAGUUAACUUGCAAGAUGUCUGCUCUCUGGGUGUGACAUUUAAUUUCUUGAACCCUGGAUGUAUCCUGUGAAGCUUGAAUCUAUUUGAGAUCUACUCUAUAACAGUGGACAUUUUUUUAGCAUGUACUGUGGGGCUGUGCAAGACAAACACAUAGACACACAUGGGUGUGCUAAUUGUGAGAAUGUGUACACUAUUCUUCUGGGUGUUUUUUGUUUGUUCGUUUGUUCGUUCUCUCCCCACCCUGUUUUUUUAAAGUUCUGGGGACAAUCUAACUGGAUAUGGCACCGCAUUGUAGAUUUAAAUGUUCUGGUUUUGUGUGUUGUGAUGGCCUUGUUACUGUCUAACUUUGUACGUUUUCUUUUAAUGUUUAGUUGCAAUUAUUGGCUCUGAAAGAAAUUUUCUGAGUUUAAAAAAUAGUUUUUUACUGGUUUAGAAAAUCAUGUUUAGUAUCCCUUUUAAAGUUUAUUCUGGGCAUUUUUGUGAGAUUGCUUUAUCCAGCCCAGCUGUCUUUCCUUCUGUUUGGGGUUUUCUUUCCUUUCCUUUUCUUUUCAUCUAUACAAGAUUUGUUAUGCACUACUUUUUGUAUCUAGACAGUUUUCAAUAGUUGGCAGAUUAUUCUUUUUUAAAAGAAAAAAAAAGGCAUGCUUUCUGACUGACAUUGAUCUUUUGCAAUACCUCAAUUUUGAAAUAUAGGAAAGAAAAUAUUUUCUAAGUAAGUUUAUUCAGAAAAAAUAUAUAUUAAUUUAAUUCUGCAAGAAAAUGAUUUAACAGAUGGGUAACUUUAUUUUUUUCAUGCUUAUUUGCGUUUUUGAAAAUUAAAGAAGUUAGAGCUUUAUAACUGUAAUAUUGAAGAUCCUAGCUAACCUACAGAAGUCUACCUAAUUAUGUGAAAUAAGAGAAGUUUUUGAAGAAAUUUCCCACUUUCGUGUACAAACAUACUCUAGAAAGAGAGGCGGGGAAAAGUGAGCGAGAGAAAGAGAGAGAUGCUCAAAGUUAGAUAGGUAUUAAGCUUAAAAUGAAUGAACACAGCAUUGAAAGAUGUAAAACAAACAGCAUUGGUGCUGGGAAUUGUGAAUAGAAGGCAGAAAAAAACUAUUUUUCCCUUAAUUUGUAUAUUUAUAAUCAAACAAUUAUGCACGACUGACCAGAAUUGUGAGAGUUCUUCUGUUUGUAUUUUUUAAAGAUAAUUUUUUAGUUUAUUAAAUUAUAACAUGGUCCCAUUUAUGUUUUGUAAAUGAAUGUGCCCCCUAAGUUGUUAAUAUGUUAUAUUAUUAUUAUUAUUAUUAUUAUUAUUAUUAUUAUUAUUAUUAAAGAGGGUCCUUCAAGAAAAGAAGUUAUUUUUUAAAAUAAGGUGUUCUGAACUGCAACUUGACUAAGAAGCCCCUGGGCACAGGUCCUCUUGUGGCCUUCUCUUGAUGCGAGACUUGAACUAGUCGAUUUUUUUUGAAGGCGACUUAACCUCGACUCUUUGUUGUUAUGUGCAAUACUGUUUGUACUGUUUGUAUAAAAAAAGAAAAAAGAAAAGAAAAAAGGCAUAAAUCUUUAUUGCAGAUUUAUUUUCAUUGCAAACUUUAGACAUUGUGAUUCACUAAGAUCAUUUUUCUACUGUCAAAUAUGUACCUUUUCUUCAUGCUGGUAUUUUUUCAAUAGUAACGUAGCCUUUGUACUGAGACAAAUUUUCAUUGUUAUUUUUAGAAAGAUUUUUUGCUAAGAGAAAUUUAAACAUUGACAUAUUUUUCAUUUUUAUUUCAGAUUUUUUCUUUAAGGAGUGCUUUCUCAACCAUUAAUAUAGUUGUUUCUGGGAGAGACUUUCAUAUCUGGUCAAUGUCAUUAAUAUUAUUUUGUAUUUUUACUUGGAAUAAAUUAAUUUUAUGAUGCUAAUUCUUUAAAAGUUUAUUUUUUUCAUUUUCAGUUAUUUUUGAAGCUAAAAAACCUUUGUAAUAUUGUUACUAAAGUGUCUAGUUUUUUGAAAUGCAAAGCUUUAUGUAUUAACUCGCUGAUGUGGUUUACAAUGGUGUGAAAAUGGUUGGAUAUGUGAAAUGAUUGAAAAAACUGUAAUGAAUAAUUGGGCAAUAAAAUUACAGAAUGAAGCAGGAAAUGGAUGUGAUAUUUUUGAGAAGCCUUUUUUCCUUUAUCGGAAUGAUUUAGGGAGAUAAUAGGGAUGUCACAGUACCAGUUCGCUGUCUAGAUUUAUACAACACCAAUGCUGAUAAAACACUAUUGCUGUUGUAAUGGACUCCAGUCUUUAAAAGUAACAGGCGUGCAACCUUGCUGGUUGAGCGUAACACGAAUUUGCUUCCUCCCCACUUUUAUCAUAGGCGCUCUCAGCACUACGGGGGCCUCGUGGGGCAGCCACGAAUGGAGGUUACACAGCACUAAUGCUUGGUCAAUUCCCUACCCCUACCCCGCUCAUACCCACUAUGGCAGUCUCUUUUGGACUGUUACGUUCACUCUCUCCCAAGUUUCAGUGUGAUCUGCCAUGAUUUUAUUUAUUUACUCAUCUCCCCAUCCCAUUCCCAGGCUGCAUUUCCAUGCACUUCUUUACGCGGUAACCCAGAACCAAUGGAGGGAGUUGUAUAGUGUCUGCAUAACGUUACCAUACGGUGUAAUUUACUGCAUAGUUAGUGCUAAAUAAUGCAUGCGUAGCGACCCUUAUGACUGUAUCAGAGCACUUUUGUCAAGCUUCCUUGUAUAUUCCUCCCUUUCUUUUUGAGUUUGUCCUUCGGCAUUCCAAGUGCAACGUCCGUUGCUGCUAUCGAAACACUGCUUCACUUUAUGUAGUUCAUCACCCCCUAUGUUUGUGGAUCCCCUACUGUUUUUGCUGCUAUCCCACCAGACCUUCUGUGCUGAAGCUAGAGACACUGUUAUCCAUUCCUUAAGAUCCUGCAAACCAAACUGGUGUUAUAUAAACAGAACAUACAAUGGCCUUCCCUAGAUGCAUCAGUUCCCAGAGUUGGUCUCAAAUUGGUUUCUACUGAAGGGAGGCAAUGUUUAUGAUCUCUUGUAGAAAUGUCUAGAGUUGGCCCAUUGUUGUCCUCUUUGUGUGUAAUGUUAUAGGCAAAAAUCAAACUAGUGAGUAAAAUUUAGACUCUAAUUAGGUACUACUGGUUGGGAUGAACAUAAAUUGUCAAAGUAUACUAGACGUGAAGGAGAACUUUUCAAAUUCCUGCAAAGUGGUACAAAGUGUGUUGCUUAGAUUUCUGUCUACACACUUGCCUUUUAGGAAGGCAGGGGCUAAAAAAGAAAAUUGUAUUACAAAUAUGCAGUUAGCAAAUUAACUUUGCUGAUUUCACUAUCUUUGUUAGAGUAGUACAAAAAAAUAUAGUGCUUUACUGGGGGAGAUUCCCCCCAUGUUAAUAUUUCAGUAUUGUGACAUCUCUACUUGCAAGAUAUGAGUGAAAGAUUAGUCACAGAUUUGUAAAAAAACAAAACAAAACAAAAUCUUUUGUUAAACCUGGCUUGUAUGUAGUUGCUUUUUACACCAGUUUGUAUAAUGUCGGCUUAAUUUUUUUUAACCAGGAAACCUUUUUCUUCUCAAUCUCCACUGUUGUAGUGUUUCUGUCUGACCACAGAGUAUUUUAUAUUCAUGCUGGUGGUUUGCUCUAUACCCUGAAUGGGUAGCAGAUCAGGGGCUGUUAUGUCAUUCUGCACAUUUUAAAUUUACCUAAUAAUAACGUUUAGCAACAAAUAGAUAUCCAGGGUGCUAAUACGGGAUAAUCAUUUCUGCUGUUUUUUGUUUCUGGAUGUAGUUCUGUUGGAGUAUAAAGUACUAGAUAUUUGUAAUUUUGCUGUCAAAAUAAUGGACAUAACUUUUAGAGUGUUCACAGCUAAGAUCUCUGUACUUGUUUUUUCAACUAAUUUUAAAUGUACCAUAUCUUUUACUACAUGUUCUCUUAGACUGGUUUUGCUAGUAACCCUAAAAGGCUUUUAUCUCUUUUUUUGGCUUGAACUAAUGCUUUGUAUGGAACUGCAGUACUGUGACUAAACAUGAAGCUCAAUGCUGCUAUUGCUUACUACUGCUUCAACUUUGUAGUUUGAACUUAAUUUUUUCUGUAAUAACUUAUUAAAUCUAGUUGUAUGAAGUA